GUGUAGCAUGUACAAAAAUCAACUUUCUCUCGAGUCUCAUAUAUACUCCUCUCCGUACAUAUCCGCUUUACCAAUUGCUGCUCCAAUCUUCCUGAAACCUUUUCUGAAAUGGCCGCAAAUGCUAACCCUAACCCCAAAUCGGGGCCCACGGUGUGCCCGCAAGACGCCGACGAGGUUCAGAAGGUGUUCGAGAAGUUCGAUGCCAACGGAGACGGCAAGAUCUCGGCGGAGGAGCUCUCCGGCGUCCUGAGCGCUUUGGGGACAGAGUUAUCGCCGGAGGAACUGAAUCAGGUGAUGGACGAGAUCGACACCGACAAGGACGGAUUCAUAAAUCUCCCGGAGUUCGCCGAUUUCUGCAAGGGAGACGGCGGAUCGAAGGAGCUCCGAGACGCCUUCGAUCUCUACGACGCGGACAAAGACGGCCUGAUCUCCGCCAAGGAGCUGCACGAGAUCCUCACGCGCCUGGGUGUGAGCACCUGCAGCGUCGAGGAAUGCCAGAAGAUGAUCGGAUCCGUGGAUUCCGACGGCGACGGCAGCGUCAACUUUUCAGAGUUCGAGAAGAUGAUGACUAAGAAGCAGUAGCCGUCCAUCGAUCGCGGUGGCGGGACGGUGGUUGCUGCGUGACGCACGCAGGUUUCGGUGUGGGCGCAUGUAGGGUAUCGUUUCCUUUCCGUUAGAAUAAUUACGGAGUUUAUAUUUUACGUUACUAAUCGCAGAGGAUAACGACGCAUUAACAAGGAUCUGUUUGCCACUUUGGCUCCCCUUUGGUUUAAGCCCUUCUUUGGGUUGGUCUUCUAUUUAUCAAUAUUAUAGUUUAAUAUUAUAAAAAUUGUGAUGAUUU